AUGUCCACUAUUGAGGAAGCAGUAGGUAAAGUAAUCGCAUGGCCUGCCACUAACUAUGUGAUUUUAGACCAAACAGAAGACAUUGCGAACAAGGGAAUGCCGAGUAGUUCUUCUAGGAAUUGCAAACUUAUUGACUGGUCCGGCUCAGAUGAGACUGUUGGAGAAUGUCGUUCGCAGUCAGAUGACCCAAAAACAUUAGUUAACGGUCUGCCUCUUGGUCCAAAUGCAGUAAAAGUAAACGUGGAAGUGGUACAUGUUCCGCAAACAUUUCUUUGGAGGCCUACAGCUGAGAUGACAUACCUUGAGGAUUGUUUGAUGUCCUCUGUGUCAUGGCCUGCGAAUAGAGUGGUAAUUCAAGGUGACGGCAAGCGCAAAACCUACUGCGACAAGUUCAAAAGCACCAACAAGGGAAUACCGCAAAUCCCCACCAACAAGUCCACAAGCUCCUAUGAAGAAUUCUCAGCCACCUUCACAAUCCUCUCUUCGAAGAUCUCCGGUAAUUUACUUGUUACUAUGAUCAAGUGUGUGUUUGAUAUUGCGUUGAGUAUAAGAAAAAUGGUUUACACAACAAAUAGUUGCAGCGUGGUGUUCAAGUUGAUGGACGUUAAUGGGGACAGCCGUGUUGUCGCUGAAGGUCGGUGGGCUUCAAACAACCAAGACCAGACUGUGCAUUUUGUUCCCUUGGGUGCAAAUGCUGUUAGAGUUUGGAUAGACGUGGUGAAAGUAACUGAUGCAGCAGUUUGGAGGCCGUGUUCUGAGAUUGAAUGUAUGGAGGAUGCAAUAGGUCUUUUGGAGCAUUCUGGAGCAUAUGGGACACAAGGAGCAUGGAGGGACUUGGCACAUGGAAGCAGCUCAACUGGAUACGCAAAGGAAGAAGGGAGAAGCCAUCUUGAAGACCAGCUCGACCGUCCACUCGACCAACCGGUCGAGUUCCUCAACUCGACCGGCCAAGCUUCAACUCGAUCGAGCUGGGGAGUCAAACUCGAUCGAGUUGAAGCUUGGCCGGUCGAGUUGAGGAACUCGACCGGUUGGUCGAGUAGACGGUCGAGCUGGUCUUCAAGAUGGCUUCUCCCUUCUUCCUUUGCGUAUCCAGUUGAGCUGCUUCCAUGUGCCAAAAGUGGAAAGCAAUUCCCGAGUAGAGGUAGCCCACCCCAAAUCGCUGUGGACAUCGAUGACGAGGAAGGGGAGGAUUUAGUCGACUAUGCUGAUAACUCGACCCCGAACUCGAUCGAGCUGGAACAAAACCCUGAACCAGAACUCGAUCGAGCUGGAGAAACUGAGACACUGCAAGACAAACCAGAGCUCGAUCGAGCUCAGAAGAGAACAGACAAAGCAAACUCCAGCCAACCAGCUAAACCUGUUGCAAAGAAGAAAGACACUCCAGCAGGACCACCACCAUACAAGCCCCCUCUGCCCUUUCCAGGAAGGUUCAAGAAACAACUGUUGGAAGCACACAAGGCCAAGUUUGAUGAACUAAUGAGACAGCUUGAGUUGAAGUUGCCCUUCAUCGACGCCUUGAUGCUCAUUCCACCUUAUCAGAAAUUUCUGAAGGAUGCUGUUCAGCAAAGAACCAGGGAAGCACAAGGGAUGGUAGUGUUGACUCGCGAGUGCAGUGCAAUCAUUCAGCGGAAGGUCAUCUCCGACAAAAAGGAAGAUCCGGGGAGUUUCACUUUGCCCUGCAUGUUGGGACCCCUAUCUUUCAAAAACAGUCUCUGCGAUCUAGGAUCAUCUGUCAGCCUCAUGCCUUUGUCUGUAGCGAAGAGACUGGGAUAUCACAAGUACCAAGCCUGCGGAAUCUGGCAGAUAGAUCGAUAA